AUUGCUUACCUUAUCUUUUUUUGUAACUACAAGAUAACUAAUAAUUAAACGAUGGUAGGAGUAGAAAUGAUCAACAAUCAUUAUCUCUCCAUUCUCCUCCUCAUCAUCAUCGUAUCUCUAUCAGCACUCUCUAUCACAACCCAUCUAUCCAGCCGCCGAACCCCAUGUCCCGAAUCCUACCCGGUCAUUGGAAACCUCAUGGGUUUCAUCAAAAACCGACACCGGUUCCACGACUGGGUGACCGACAUGCUAGCCAACACCCCAACUCUAACUCUCCAAGUCAACGGCUUUCUCAACCUCUCCCACGGUAUCUGCACGGCUGAUCCAGCCAAUAUCCACCACCUCCUACGUUCCAACUUUCCGAAUUACAUCAAAGGCAGCCGUUUCACCACUGUCCUUGAGGAGCUUCUCGGAAAUGGCAUAUUUAAUAGCGAUGGUCAACUUUGGUCGGGGCAACGUAAAAUUGCUAGUCAUGAAUUCAGUACAAAGUCCCUUAGGACCUUCAUAUCUGAAACCCUUCAGUCACAACUCUCUGAAUCAUUCAUCCCUCGUCUUAACAAUUCAUCGGUUGCUGCCUCAUCUGAUCAAGACACCAUCAUCGACUUGCAGCAAGCUCUUCGUAAAUUCAGCUUCCACAACAUAUGUAGCGUCGCUUUUGGAAUCGAUCCGGAGAUAUCAUCGUCAUCAAGUUCCUCCAACAUUAAUCUGCGGUUGUUCAUUCAAGCUUUUGAUGCGGCAGUGGAGCAUACAUCCAACCGCUUCAUGUCUCCACUGCCCAUGGUGUGGAAAAUCAAUAGGUUUUUCAACAUCGGUAACGAGAGGAGGUUCAAGGAAGCGAUUCAAAUUGUGAAUGAUUUUGCUAACAAUAUAAUAAAUUUGAAAGAAGCACAGAGCGAUGAUCAUUCUAGAAGUAACGAAGAUUUAUUGUCGAGAUUCAUGGCUUCAAGCAGAGAUAUGGGAUUUAAUGAUGGUGAAAGGAGGAGGUUUUUGAGAGACAUUAUAAUCAGCUUCAUCCUUGCAGGUAAAGAUUCAACUGCAACCGCGCUUACCUGGUUCUUCUGGUUAUUAGAAGCACAACCGCAUUGUAAACAUUUGAUCUACAAAGAGUUUUCUACUCAUAUUGACCCGAAAAACCUUAACUUUGACGACCUGAAGGAGCUGAAUUACCUUCAUGCGGCUCUAUCAGAGUCUAUGCGACUCUUUCCACCUGUGCCCAUAAACUCUAGAUUGACCGUUGAUGAUGAUAUGUUACCUGAUGGUACAUACGUUGGAAAAGGGUGGUUUGCUGAUUAUUCGGCAUACGCAAUGGGGAGAAUGGAGAGAAUUUGGGGUUCAGAUUGUAGAGAGUUUAAACCGGAAAGGUGGUUGGACGGAAAUGGGGUAUACCAACCAUUAGAUCAGUUCAAGUAUCCAGUUUUUCAUGGCGGGUUUAGAAUGUGUUUAGGGAAAGAGAUGGCUUAUUUGCAGAUGAAGUCUGUGGUGAUCGCAAUCAUGUAUGAGUUUGAGGUUGAGGUGAUUGAUGGCGGUGGGACGAUAGAAAGGAUGUUAGACCCGCCGUAUAGUCUAUCUCUUCUUUUGAGUAUGAAAAACGGAUUACCUGUACGACUAAAGAGAAGAAGGCAACAUGCAGAAUGACAACGGUUUGGGUAUACUUGCACUGAAACUCAAAACAGAGAGUACCAGAACUACCCUGGCAUAUUUGUUUCCACUGAGUGAUCUUCAUCAGACAUCAAGAGGAAAUUCAUACUUAUGUUAUAAAGUUUUUUACCUAGUAGUCAUAUAUUUUGUUUAAA